ACGUCAUCUGACAAACGCCAACUAAGAUGGCGUGAAUCAGCCGAGCAAGUGAUCUUCACUUUCUGUUUUUCUCGUUCAACAACGUCACACCGUUUAUCUUUUAACAAAAUCUAUACUACUAUAUAUAUACCUGUGAAUGUACAUAUAGAUAUACACAGCCACAUACAAUUAAUAUCCACAGCAGCAGUUUACCACAGUCUAUUUUUAAAAGGAUUAAAACCAGAGGGCAGUGCUGAAAAAAGUUGUUCGCCAUCAAGUGACAGACAGCCACAUGUUUCCUCCUUCUUCCUCCUCUCAGGCCAUCAAGAUGGGAUCAAAUUACGAAGAAGCUUUAAAGGGUUACUUUCUUUCUUUGAAGUUUUCAAUAAUGGUGUUGAGAAAGAACUGGUCAAGCUUGACGGAACAAUUCCUGUCACUUAUCGAGAUAACAGAUACAACAUUCCCAUAUGUGUCUGGUUGUUAGAUACCCACCCUCAUUGUGCCCCCAUUGUUUAUGUCAAGCCGACUCCCAACAUGCAGAUCAAGCCAGGUAGACAUGUUGACCCUAACGGCAAAAUCAAUUUGCCUUUCUUGUUACAGUGGAAAUAUCCUCAGUCUGACCUCUAUGGACUUUUGAAUAGACUGGCAGAAAAGUUUGGUGAAGAACCUCCUGUCUUCUCGAAGGUUCAACAGAAUCCUGUCAACUCCUCGUAUCAGGUAGACAUGGGUGACUGGUCUUCUAGCAAUUCAAUGGCUCAAACUUCUCACCCUCCGUAUCCUACAAGACAAAGUCCUUACAUGCCAAGUCCUGCAACUUCAAGCAGUAUACCUCCAUAUCCUAUUCCUUAUACUGCACCACAGACCACUGCUAGCUCUUAUUACCCAUCUAAUUUAAAUAACCCUCUACCGUACCCUGCACAUCCUCAAUACCCAUUGUACAACACUCCCUACCUUGGAUACCCAGCUUACUCUGAAUCGACUUCGUCGGUUACCACUCCAACACCUAUGUUUGGGCUCAACUCAACUACAUCAGGAACUCAUUUAACACAAACAGUAUCUGGUACAAGUACUGUGACAGAGGAACACAUUAAGGCCUCACUGAUAUCUGCUGUGGAAGAGACACUGAAACGUCGUCUAAAGGAAACAUUUGCCCAAGCUCAGGCUGAAAUGGAUACGCUGUAUAAAACACAGAAUGACCUUCAAAAGGGUCGUGAGUGUCUGGAGAAGAUGAUGAAAUCUUUGGAACAAGAGAAGGAUGAGGUGGAGAAGAAUAUUUCUAUACUGAAGGAGAAAAAUGCUGAACUGAAAGAAACCUUGAACAAAAUGGAGAACCAGGGAGAGCUUAAAAUUGAUGAAGCUGUUGUUACUACAACACCACUCUACAGACAAUUGUUGAAUGCGUUUGCUAAAGAACAAGCUAUAGAAGAUACCAUUUAUUAUCUAGGAGAAGCUUUACGAAGAAGUGUUAUUGAUCUUGAUAUCUUUCUCAAACAAGUCCGUGAGUUGUCACGGCACCAAUUCAUGCUGCGUGCCAUAAUUCAGAAGUGCCGUGAGAAGGCCGGUCUACCGGCACUCACAUAAAUUUUCUUCCAACUACAACAACAACAACUAGGGCCCAAGAAACCUCUACCAGAUUCUCAAAUGGUCUUUUAUUUAUAUUGCCUUCGAUUUUUUUUUUUUUUUAAUAUUUCUGUUUUGUUUCUUAUCAGCAUAAGAUUUGAUGAUCAAGGGAUGUGGCGGGGACAUUAAACAAACGAAAGUGAACAGGCAUAUUUCUGUUUCUUUAUAUAACACAUUUAUUACAUUUUUUUUUAUUUAAAUUGUUACUGGUUCAACCCCCACCCCUCCCCCAACCCUUUCACCUACACUUCUGCAUCCUACAGACAAAAGACUCUUUUAACAUUUUUAAUCUUUGUUAAAUUCUGUUUUGAAACUACUCAUGCACACACACACACACACACACACACAGAUUAUAGUUUGUUCUUCUAAUCCUCAGUCUAUUCGCUCUGUCCAGAACAAAUUGAAAUGGACAUUAUAUUAAAUAUCUUGUUUCACUCAUGUAGUACACUCAAAUCAUUCGAACUGGGUUGAUUAUAACAAUGUUGAUUUAUUUAUUUUAUAAUGAUUUUUGUAAUAAUAAUAAUAACAACAACAUUAAUAAUCAUGAUGAUGAUGAUAAUAAACUGAACUGCAUAAUUUAUUCAUUGGCUAAUUUUCAAUUAUUUUAUUAUUAGUUGCAUAAUUAUACACCCACUUUUGUAGAAACGUGCAAUUCUUGCUUAUUUCUAUAAGCAGUAAUGAUAGCUAUCAUACACACACAUGAGAAAGAGAACUAGAGUUGUUUCUCUGCAUAUAUAUACACACACAGAAUAAAGUGGCUGAGUGUUUUGGACAUCAAAUCAAAUGCUUAAUGCCGUCUGUUCCAACACUUUGCAUUCUGAGUUCAAAUUCCACCAAUGGUUUGGUUUAAUCACCCAACCAAAGGAGCAGCUUUUGCAACCCACAAGUCACUGACACAAGCAGCUACAUAUAUAUAUAUAUACACACACACACACAUACACAUACAAUCAGACACUCUCCUUACACUGAGUGGUUCUUAUCAAAAGAAUAAAUCCAUAUAUUUUACUCCCACCUCACUCCUCUUCUCUUUAAUUCUAUUAUGUUAAUAAAAAAAAAAAUGAAAUUGAUAUUUUCUGACCUUAUUUAGUCAGUUUUAAAAGCAAAGGAAAAAAAGACAAUGCUUUAUUAUUUGUCAAACACUAUACAAAUACUGUUGGAAUACAGAUUUCCCCAUGCUGGGUUUGCUGACACAUAUUGUGGUGUGGUGUAGAGAGGCUGUGUGUUUAGUAUACAGUUACUUGUUAGCAUAGCACUAUAGAAGCAUCAGCUCUUAUUUACAUGUUACACACACAUUCAGAUGACCAUAUUGCAUGGGAGUGACUGACAUGAUGAAUUGACUGACUUAUUUGGGUGUAGGACAAAUGCCUGGUGGUAUUUGUUCUGGUCCUCUGAAUUCAUAUCCUGCUGGGGUCAAAAUUCUUUUGAAGAUUCAUAAAAUGAAAUACCAGUCAAGUGGAUUGGCAGAUCCCUAGUGGUAUUUAUUUGUGUCUUUGCAUUCUUAAUUCUUUAAUGUGUUGCCCAGUUUAACACUCCUCAACAAUCCUUGGAUAUCUUUAGCAGAAUAUAGCAUGCUGUAAAUAUUUGGACGAGGUCUGCUUUGAGGAUAAUGUCUUCCUUUCCUCUUGCCUGAGAAGAUUGGUGGGAUAAAAGGAAGGUCCUAAGAAGCUACAGGGUUUCAGGCCCUGCACUUCCCACUCUCAUUUAACAAAAUAAUAAACAGCCUGGAAGUUGAAUAUAAAACACUUGUCUCUGAGAUGCCCCAGUCUAUUUGGCUGUAAAUAGGUGCCACAUAGCAAGAAUAACUCACUGUGGUAAUCAGUGGCAGCCCUGCAAUUGGCAAGUGUGAGUUUAUGUGUAUGUGUGAUAUAUGUAUGUCUAUGUAUAUGUAUCUAUAUAUAUAUAUGUGUGUGUGUGUAUAAAUAAAAGCAAGAAUGAGAAAAGGUGAAUGCUAAUCUAUCUGUAUACAGUUGUAUGUUCAAUACAUUCAGACCUUUCUCCUACCCUUACACAUACACAACCUCUCCUGUAGCAACAUCAGAUACUUAGCUUUCACGUGGUUCACUCUGUAUGGCUUCAAAUAGCUACCACACAACAAAAACAACUUGCUAUGGUAAACAGUGGGAACACUGAAAAUGGCAUGUUUUCUUAGCUCGUGGUGCUAAAUUCUUGUCUCAGUUAUUUGGGUUGUGAAACCAUUCCAGAGCAGAGAACCACAAUUGUCUUCUUCCAUCGGAUCUGCUUCUUGCUAUUGGUUGGUUUUGAUGGCAGCAGGUGUAUACAAUGGCCUUGUUUAACUCUUUAACACACAGCAACAUCCUUCCACUAAGUGACAUCGUAUUUGGAAAUGCAAAAUCUGAGUAGUGAGAGAGGGAAGCUUUAAUUUUGAAUUAAAUAUAAAUAUAUAUAUAUAUAAUAAUGUAAUAGUUAUAUUAAAAUAAAUAUAUUUACUAAAUGAUA